AUGGACCCUUACCUCUAUGCGGUCACCGCAAGAAGGGCAGACUCCGUGUCUCAUGUCCUGAAGGGCAACAUCACCGGUCCAACCGACGUGAACGUCGUCGUGAGCAAGUUCACCCAUAUUGAGAUAUACAUUUUGGAGCCGGUCGGGGAUGAAUAUGAGCCACUACAUUGCCCUAAUCCGGCUGUCACCCAACUCCUCCCCCUGUUCGGCCACUUCCUCCUCAACAUCCUGAAUGACAACAAACAAGCUCAAGAAAUGUUGGGACACGCCGACGAGCUUGAAGAGGAGAAUGCACAAGGAGGACGAGAAGAUGCGACCGGGUAUGGAGGCGAUGAACAAUAUGAGAACGGUGGCCGUGAGCCAAGCGCUACAGAUCCUUAUGCGCCGGAUAAUGCCUUGAUUACCAUCUCUGGCGACCCACAGACAUUGGGACAGGUCCUGAACAUCAACAAUCAUGCCUUAAAACUCUUCGGCCUCCGUAAACCCGACGUUCUACACAAAAACAUCAUCACAAUCAUCCCAUCGCCCUUCGCCGAGAUUCACGAUCAACUACUGCAGCGCUACCUCGACACGGGCUACGCAAAGGUCAUCGACCGGCCGAGACAGGUUCUCCGCCUCCACAGCUCCGGCUAUAUCAUGCCUGUAUCGUUGCCGGUUUCUAAGGGCGUUUGGGGGUCCGUUGGUCGAGUAAUCCUCCUUAUUUUCACCGCGAAGCCGCUCGAGUUCUGCAUUCAACUGACCCUUGUUGAUUUUGUCGAGGUAGAUGCGCACACCAUGCGUGUCAUCCACUGCAGGAAGGUGCGGUUAACAUCACCCUUUUCAUCCCCACAUAUAGAAGGCUGGAAUAAUGACGCACCUCGCAGAUCGAACAGGGUGUGCCUCUCUCGCCAACCCGAAUUGGUGGGAUCCAUCACGAAGGCCCAGCUUUGA